AUGGUCAAAAGCCCCACGAACCAAGUUGAUGAUUUAGACAAGGAUGGUCGUCCCAAACGCACAGGCACAAUUUGGACAACAAGUGCACACAUAAUUACCGCAGUGAUUGGUUCUGGAGUGCUUUCUCUGGCAUGGGCAAUAGCUCAGCUCGGAUGGAUCGCUGGUCCAUCAGUGAUGCUUAUGUUUGCCUUGGUUAAUUAUUAUACGGCAUCUCUACUCGCCGACUGCUAUCGCUCCGGUGACCCUAUUCAUGGCAAGAGAAACUACACUUACAUGGAUGCCGUCCGAUCCAAUCUCGGUGGGCUUCAGGUCAGGAUAUGUGGAUUGUUUCAAUAUGUGAACCUUUUUGGCAUUGGCAUUGGCUACACUAUUGCAACCUCUAUUAGCAUGAUGGCUAUACACCGAUCAAAUUGUUUUCACAAGAGUGGGAGAAAAAAAGCAUGCCACACUUCAAGCAACACAUACAUGAUAAUGUUUGGAAUCAUUGAAAUUGUCUUGUCUCAAAUUCCAGGGCUGAAUCAGUUAUGGUGGCUCUCAAUUGUUGCCUCAGUUAUGUCUUUUACUUACUCAACUAUUGGACUCGCCCUAGCUGUAGCCAAAGUUGCAGCUACGGGAAUCGUCAAGGGUAGUUUAACUGGAAUACCUGUUGGAGCAAUAACUCAAACUGAAAAGAUUUGGAGGAGCUUUCAAGCUAUUGGUGAUAUAGCUUUUUCCUACUCUUACUCAUUCAUCCUCAUUGAAAUUCAGGACACAAUCAAAUCCCCACCACCAUCAGAAGCAACAGCAAUGAAAAAAGCCAACCUAAUAAGCACUUUAGUAACGACAUCGUUUUAUAUGCUUUGUGGAUGCAUGGGUUAUGCAGCUGUUGGAGACUUGGCUCCUGGCAAUCUCCUCACAGGAUUUGCCUUCUACAACCCAUUUUGGUUACUUGAUAUUGCUAACAUUGCCGUAGUGGUUCAUCUCCUAGGAGCUUACCAAGUCUAUUGCCAACCCAUUUUCACUUUUAUAGAGAAACUGGCAUCAACAAACUUCCCGGAAAGCAAAUUUAUAACAAAGGAAAUAAAAAUCCGCAUCCCAGGUUUGAGGCAUUAUGAUUGCAAUGUUGGUUUAUUUCGAUUAGUGUGGCGAUCAUGUUUUGUAGUUACAACUACUGUAAUUGCAAUGUUGGUACCAUUGUUCAACGAUGUGUUAGGAAUUCUUGGAGCAUUGAUUUUUUGGCCUCUAACUGUUUAUUUUCCGAUAGAGAUGUUCAUUGCACAGAAGAAGAUAGAAAAGUGGAGUAGCAAGUGGAUAUUCAGCCGACUGUUGAGUGUGUUUUGUCUAUUCAUUUCUAUUGUGGCGGGAGUUGGCUCUAUUGUUGGGGUAACACUCGAUCUUAAAGCUCUCAAGCCAUUCAAAAUUAGCUACUAAGGCAGUCUCAUGUCGUUUAAUUUAAUUUAGGAGUUUACAAA